AUGGCACCGGUGUAUCAAACGUUCGUUCAAUUUUUGAAAUUCAUACCUGAAUUCAAUAAUAUCAUUAUUGAUGAUAAAAUAAGGUUAUUGAGAAAUCAUUUUGGUGUUGUAACUAAUAUUAAUGAAUAUUUUAUGUUUUCUGUCAUACCACACAACCUUAUUAUGACGUUUACAAAUGUAUUUGGAACUGAUAUAACGAAUGGUAUUUUCAAACGAAAUAAACUUAUUGAUCAAUUUAUUUUUGAUCCUAUUCUAUUGAAACUUGUUCUGGUUAUUCUUGUAAUUUACAAUACGAAUAAUAGAAAUCUGCAUUAUAUAGAUAUGAAAGUACUUUACAGUGAUUCAUUAUCGAUAUAUGCUGCACAAAAUGUUUACUAUGUUGAACUGUUAUGGCGAUAG